UACAAUCAUUGUGACAUGACCCCUCCCUUAGCAAAUCCCAAUACAGUACCGCAAAAAGAUGAUGAGACAGACCUUCUUCCAACCCCUCCUUCGAGUGCCCCGCGCUGCGUUUUCUUCCUCCUCUUCCUCAUUUUCAACUUCGUCUUCCUGCCUUCGACCUUCAAUCUUCCCAAAGGCAUCAUCAACCUUCUCUUCUACUCCAGCAAGCCAAUCGUCCAUUCGAUUCUUUUCCGCAACCUCAGUCAAUAUGUCUGGCAACAUUAAGGUCUUCUUUGAUUUGGAGUGGGAGGGUCCCGUCCUAGAGAAUGGCAGACCUACUGCUACUGUGAAGACCCAGACCGGUCGUGUCAACCUGGAGCUCUGGAAGUCCCAGGUACCCAAGACCGUCGAGAACUUCCGUGCUCUCUGCACCGGCGAGAAGGGCUUCGGUUACAAGGGCUCGUCCUUCCACCGUAUCAUCCCCGAGUUCAUGCUUCAGGGCGGUGACUUCACUCGUGGCAACGGCACUGGUGGCAAGUCCAUCUAUGGCGAGAAGUUUGCCGACGAGAACCUCGACCUUAAGCACACUCACCCGUACACCUUGUCCAUGGCUAACGCCGGCCCCAACACCAACGGCUCUCAGUUCUUCAUCACCACUGUCAAGACAAGCUGGCUAGACGGCCGCCACGUCCCCUUCGGUGUCGUUGCGGACGAUGAAUCCAUAGCUAUUGUUAAGGCUAUCGAGGCUACUGGCUCCCAGAGCGGUGCUAUCAAGUACAGCAAGCGACCUACCAUCGUCAACUCAGGAGAGCUUGCCUAAAGGAAAAGAUGACAACUUUUUCAUCUUUACUGCGUGUAACAUUUCUAUUUGGCCCACGAUGCUGCCAACUUGCCUCCUCUCAAGUAUUGGUGUGGGCCAUACAAAAAGGCAUAAGGAAACUCAGGGAGGGCCAAUUUGCGAGACACCUCAAUAAGCAAUUCGUUAGACGCUAGGUAGUUGCCAAUAACAUGUCUUGCUUCAAAUUAU